GGGAACAGAAAUUUGAGUCCAGGCCAAGGUUUCCUUCAUUCUUUUUAGUUAUCCCUGCCUCCAAACACAAACAACAAUGGUUUCUCAGACGGUUGACCUCUUGAGGGAGGAGCUCCCCGUCGAACAACAACCUCUGCACUUGUCCUCUGACAUCAAAACAGGUCUUGUGCUCGUCGACCUUGUCAAUGGCUUCUGCACCGUUGGAUCUGGCAAUUUGAUUUCUGGGAUGGUGGAUGCAUCGGUGAGGCUUUCAAAAGUUUUUGCUCAGAAGAAUUGGCCCAUUUUGGCUUUCCUUGAUAACCAUCACCCGGACAUUCCUGAGCCUCCCUAUCCUCCUCACUGUAUUGCGGGAACACAUGAAGCAAAUUUGAUUCCUGAACUCCUGUGGUUGGAAAAUGAACCAAAUGCAACACUCAGGCGCAAAGAUUGCAUUGAUGGAUUCGUUGGCUCAAUUGAGAAAGAUGGCUCUAAUGUCUUCGUUGAUUGGGUGAAAAAUAAUCAGAUAAAACAAGUCUUGGUUGUUGGGAUAUGCACGGAUAUAUGCGUGAUGGAUUUUGUCAGUUCAGCUUUAGCUGCAAGGAACAGGGGCUUACUUCCUCCUCUGGAGAAUGUGAUUGUGUAUUCCAAAGCUUGUGCAACUUAUGAUAUUCCAUUACAUGUAGCCAAAACUAACAAGGAUGUUAUAUCCCAUCCACAGGAGCUGAUGCAUCACAUUGGCCUUUACAUAUCCAGGGGAAGAGGAGCCAAGAUAGCAUCAGAGGUCUUAUUUGAUUAACCGAAAGAGCAUUAACUAAGUUUUAGUGUGUUAACGCUGUUAUUAUAGUUUUAAAAGUGUUGGGACGAAUGUUAUUGUUCUGGACUUGUUUUCUUCUUGUCCUUGACAUAAACUUAUUUGUAUAAAUCAGUCCUUGUUCAAUCUUUGGCCUUAUAAUAACAUGUAGAAUAUGAAGCUCUUUAUAAGUGAGAUUUAUGAAUAAAUAAUCUCUUACGAGUGGCGCAAA